CCCCUCAUAUUGCUAUGACAUGAAAUGCUCCUAGUGUCUGCACAAGCUUUUCAGUACUGAAAAUAUUUCCUGUUACGUUUCUAUUUCGAUGAGCAAAGAUGUGGAGCAUUCAAAGUCUGCUGUUCAUCUUCUGCAUUUCUCUGAGAUGUGUGACCAGUGCAGUGGGGAUGAUCCAUGUGACUGGAUAUGUGGGGAGAGAGGUUAAUGUCUCCUGCUCUUAUGAUCAGAGUUAUGUAUCUCAUGAGAAGUACCUAUGUAAGAACGACUGUGGCAACAGUGAUGUUCUCAUCACAACAUCACAAGCAAGCAAAACCAAAUACUCAAUUUAUGAUGACACCAGUGCACGAAUCUUCACAACAACUAUCUUUGAUCUUCAAUAUACGGAUGCUGGAAAAUACUGGUGUGGAGUGACGAGAACUGGAACAGACAUCUACACUGAAGUCAAGCUGAAAUUAGUACAAGACAGCUGCUGUGACACUGUGACCAAAGUUCAAAGUUAUGAGGGACACUCUGAGUCUGUCAGUUGUCGGUAUGAGUCUCAGUACCAGAACAGCCUGAAGUACAUCUGCAGAGGAAAUCGGCCCUCCACAUGUCUGCAGCAGGCACUGAUCACCUCUGACACCAAACAAAAUGCACGAUUCAGACUUGAUGAUGACAAAGUGUCAGGAACAUUCACAGUGACCAUUAACAGUUUGACUCGUAAUGAUUCAGGAUCAUACCUCUGUGGUGUCCAAAGAAACUCUGAGUUGGAUGUUUUCUCUGCUGUUGAGCUGGAAGUUGAAGAGUGGUGCUGUGUCAAAUCAACUAAAAUAAAUGGUACCGCAGGACAUCCACUAACUUUGCAGUGUCCUUAUCCUCCACAACACUGGGAUAACAGGAAGUUCCUCUGUAAGGGAGACCACCGCAACAAUUGCUCAGACAUGGUGGCGAGUCAAAGCAGGUUCACACUGCAAGAUGAUGCUGCUUCCAGCUCUUUUAUCGUGAGGAUCACAAAACUGGAAGCAGCUGAUGGUGGGACAUACUGGUGUGGGUCAGACUCACAGUGGAGAUUUGGAAACUACACCAAGAUUGAGCUGUCAGUCUGUCUGCACUGCACAAGCAAUGUAAGUCUUGGUACCACAGCAGAAACUCAGAGAACACAAAUCCCAGAUUCAGCACUCUGUGUGGUUCACGUUGCACCCUCAGUGCUGCUACUGAUGAGUGUUUUAGUUAUUUGUUGUUUAUAAGUUCUACAAACAACUUAUAAUCUUCCUGGGUUUAAGCAACUGAGGUCUCCGUGAGCACAGUAACCCCAAGUCAAACACUUCAGAGGACGUGAUGGAUGCAAAGUCUUAAGUCUUAAUAGGGUAGUUUUGACUAUAUAUAUAUCAUGAAUAUAUGUGAUACAAGAAAACUUGAUUUGCUGUUAGUUGUGUUUAAUAUGCAAAGUUUGUUCAGCAUGUGGCACAGCUGGAUGCUCAUUAUAUCUCCUAUUUUUAUUAAUUAUCUGCACAUUUUUCUUUUUGACACUGAGGAAUGAAACUCCAACUUGACUCACUGGCAGAGGUUUGCAACUGUAAGUCAAUAAUCCUACUUUGCCUGCAGUGAUAGGGGAGGGGAGGGAAAUCCAAAAUGUGUCCAUCAGUAAUCAAGGUCUCUGCAGCAUGUACUGUUCAUUGUUCUGUGUUUUCUUUGUUGAGCAGUUAUAUGCAGUUAUUCAAACCAAUCCAGCCCUUUCCCCUAAAAAUACCGGAUAAGCUGACAGCAUCCUUCAGAGGAGCCAAUAUCCUUCCUUUUCAAUGUCACUGGAUGUUGUGUCACAGGGAGCCCCCUGCUGGUGUUAGUGUAACAUUGAAUACAGUGUUUAUGGGGCAAUAUCUGAAAUAAGUGUAUUUAAAAUAAAUGCAGACUUCAGAUUACAUCACCCAAUAA